UCUAAAUUGUGCAAAAGUUGUAUAGUAUAUAAUUUAUGCAUUCCGUUCGGUAGAAAAAUAAUCAAGCAAAUUGAUUUUUUUAUCAGAUGCCGGCGAAAUCCUGUGUAAUCAUUUCUUAGCGUGAUAGAUAGAGAGCUUCUCAAUGCACUUUUGCAUUUUGUUGCAUUCUGUAUGUGUGUUGCAUUUUGACAUUCAAUCCAGCAGAAGCCAGCUGUUUUUAGCCAGAAUAAACCGGCUUGGUAUUUAAACUAACGUUUUUCCUGCAAGUGUUGUGAUCAAUUUUGAAUGAUUUUAACAAGAACAUUGUUAGUUUCUUUUGGCGCAAUUCGUAGACUACAUUCAUCAGGGACAAUAUAUCAGGAUUCCAAAAUGGCGGAAUGCGUUCGCGAAAUCGAGGGCGAUCUGUUCGCCGCUCCCAAGGAUCACUCCCUGGCGCACUGUGUCGCUGCCGAUUUGAAAAUGGGCGGUGGCAUUGCGGUAAAAUUCAAACAGGUUUUCAAACAGGUCGAUGAACUCAAGGCCCAAAAGGUUGGCGUUGGCGGGGUUGCGGUACUCAAGGAUGGCGAACGGUUCGUGUACUACCUGGUCACGAAGCGUGGUUCGAUGGACAAACCGACGUAUGGCGAUCUAACGAACUCGCUGGACGCCAUGCGGAAACAUAUGGUUGCAAACGGUGCUAAAAAGCUGGCUAUACCAAGAAUCGGGUGUGGCAUUGAUGGACUUGAGUGGUCAAAGGUAAAAGGUAUUCUUAAUUCUACGUUUGAACAAGACAAAGAUGUUGAAGUUGUUGUGUUUAAUUUUGUUCCAAAAUAAUUAUAUUUGAACUAAUUUGUACAAUUAAAAAUCUCAUGUUCCUUCGUAGUGAAUAAAUUGAUCAAUCCUUCAUUCAA